GCUGAUAAAAAAUACGACUCCACACCACAAACCAGGCUCAGUCCAACCUCAACAACUGGACAAGGCCACCGCAAUGAACGCAGUGAAACUGAAGAUCUACCAGCCAGGUUCAGUUCUGAGACAUCUGCAGAUGAAGCAAAAAACUUCCCAUCCGGAUCACAGCAGUAUCCAACAUCUCAUCCAGAGGUAAUGGAACAGGAUCAAAUGGGUGCGUCAUUGCAGUUGCCAGUUGGGCCAACUGCAGAGGACACAUCAGCAUUUCGUGAGAGAUCUCAAUCUUAUGGAAGUCUAUCGUCAGAGGAAACACCCAAAGGAAACACUGCUGGGAAAGUGCAAACAAGACACAGCUGGCAUGGAAGUGGAGAGCUAAUUUGCCCCACACAGCAAACAACUGGUUGGGACAGCUGGCUGUCAAUAGCUGGCCCAUCAAGAAUGGCACAAGAACAGUUACCAGGAGAACGUCCAGUGCAAGAGGCAACUGAAUUUUCAGGGUCAGCCUCAGCUAGUCAGACAGCAAGUGAAAUGACACUACUACAAGAACAAAAUGUCAGUUCAACAUCCAGCUUCAUCCCAACACCUGGGCCAUCUGGUUUAGCACGCAAACGACGAAUAGGAGGAGAACUGUUUGACUACCAGCAUAAAGUGAGAAAGGAAGCUGAGCGAUCAGACACAGCAAGACAUAGCUGGCAUGAAACAAAAAGGAAGGUUUUGCCACAACAGGGUGGAAGUACCAGAGCCAAAGGCAAAAAGAGCACCACAUCACCACAGCAGGCUGAUAGAGAAAGGAGAGGUGAGUAUACAUUGGGCAAACAGUCAGGAGGCAGUCCCUUCACAGCAUCAGAAACUAGUGAAACAGGCGACGAUGACUCUGAAGAGCAGUAAGUUCAAAUGUUACUGAAUAAAGUGACAACUGAAACUAAAUUGACAGUGACAGUAUAUUGCCUU